CCGGCGCGGCCCGGCCCGCGCGCUCUCUCCGGCCGCUCUCGCCGACCUCGGCUGCGCCAUGGCCAGCCCGCGGCCGCCCGGCCCGGCCUGGCUGCUGCCGAUGCUGCUGCUCCUGGCGGCUGCCGCGCGCGCCCUGCCAGGCGCCGGCGGGACGUGCCCGGAGCGCGCGCUGGAGCGGCGCGAGGAGGAGGCGAACGUGGUGCUCACCGGCACGGUGGAGGAGAUCCUCAACGUGGACCCGGUGCAGCACACGUACUCCUGCAAGGUUCGGGUCUGGCGGUACUUGAAGGGCAAAGACCUGGUGGCCCAGGAGAGCCUGCUGGAUGGCGGCAACAAGGUGGUGAUCAGCGGCUUCGGAGACCCCCUCAUCUGUGACAACCAGGUGUCUACUGGGGACACCAGGAUCUUCUUUGUGAACCCUGCGCCCCCAUACCUGUGGCCGGCUCACAAGAACGAGCUGAUGCUCAACUCCAGCCUCAUGCGGAUCACCCUGCGGAACCUGGAGGAGGUGGAGUUCUGCGUGGAAGACAAACCCGGGACUCACUUUACCCCAGCAGCUCCGACGCCCGCCGAUGCGUGCCGGGGAAUGCUGUGUGGCUUCGGCGCCGUGUGCGAGCCCAGCGCUGAGGGGCCGGGCCGGGCCGCCUGCGUGUGCAAGAAGAGCGCCUGCCCCAGCGUGGUGGCGCCCGUGUGCGGCUCCGACGCCUCCACCUACAGCAGCGAGUGUGAGCUGCAGCGGGCGCAGUGCACCCAGCAGCGGCGCAUCCGCCUGCUCAGCCGCGGGCCCUGCGGGUCCCGGGACCCCUGUGCCAAUGUGACCUGCAGCUUCGGCAGCACCUGUGCGCGCUCGGCCGAUGGGCAGUCGGCCUCCUGCCUGUGCCCCACCACCUGCCGGGGCGCCCCUGAGGGCACCGUGUGUGGCAGCGACGGCGCCGACUACCCCAGCGAGUGCCAGCUCCUGCGCCGCGCCUGCGCCAGGCAGGAAAACAUCUUAAAGAAGUUCGACGGCCCUUGCGACCCCUGCCAGGGCGCCCUCGCGGACCUGAGCCGCAGCUGCCGUGUGAACCCGCGCACGCGGCGCCCGGAGAUGCUCCUGCGGCCGGAGAGCUGCCCUGCGCGGCAGGUGCCUGUGUGUGGGGACGACGGCGUCACCUACGACAACGACUGCGUCAUGGGCCGCGUGGGCGCUGCCCGCGGCCUCCUCCUCCAGAAAGUGCGGUCCGGCCAGUGCCAGCCUCAAGACCAGUGCCCGGAGCCCUGCCGCUUCAACGCAGUGUGCCUGUCCCGCCGGGGCCGCCACCACUGCUCCUGCGACCGUGUUACCUGUGACGGCGCCUACAGGCCUGUGUGUGCCCAGGACGGGCACACGUAUGACAACGACUGCUGGCGCCAGCAGGCCGAAUGUCGGCAGCAGCGAGCCAUACCCACCAGGCACCGGGGCCCGUGUGACCAGGCCCCGUCGCCGUGCCGCGGGGUGCAGUGCGCGUUCGGGGCGACGUGUGCGGUGAAGAACGGGCAGGCGGCCUGCGAGUGCCAGCAGGCGUGCUUGGGCGCCUACGAUCCGGUAUGCGGCAGCGACGGCGUCACGUAUGGCAGCGCGUGCGAGCUGGAGGCCACGGCCUGCACCCUCGGGCAGGAGAUCCGGGUGGCCCGCAGAGGACCCUGUGACCGCUGUGGCCAGUGCCGCUUCGGAGCCCUGUGCGAGGCCGAGACCGGGCGCUGCGUGUGCCCCUCGGAGUGCGUGGCCUCCGCCCAGCCCGUGUGUGGUUCUGACGGGCACACGUAUGCCAGCGAGUGUGAGCUGCACGUCCACGCCUGCACACGCCAGAUCAGCCUGCACGUGGCCUCGGCGGGACGCUGCCAGACCUGUGGGGACACCGUGUGCGCCUUCGGGGCAGUGUGCUCCGCGGGGCAGUGCGUGUGUCCCCGGUGCGAGCGCCCCCCGCCGGGCCCCGUGUGCGGCAGUGACAGCGUCACCUACGCCAGCGCGUGCGAGCUCCGGGAAGCCGCCUGCCGCCAGCAGAGGCAGAUCGAGGAGGCCCGGGCGGGGCCGUGCGAGCAGGCCGAGUGUGGCUCCGGAGGCUCCGGCUCGGGCGAGGACGGCGAGUGUGAGCAGGAGCUGUGCCGGCAGCGCGGCGGCGUCUGGGACGAGGACUCGGAGGACGGGCCCUGCAUCUGUGACUUCAGCUGCCAGAGUGUCCCGCGGAGCCCGGUGUGCGGCUCCGACGGCGUCACCUACGGCACCGAGUGCGACCUGAAGAAGGCCAGGUGCGAGUCGCAGCAGGAGCUGUACGUCGCGGCCCAGGGAGCCUGCCAAGCCCCCACCUUGGCCCCGCUGCUGCCCGCGGCCCCCGCACACUGCGCCCAGACCCCCUACGGCUGCUGCCAGGACAACGUCACUGCUGCCCGGGGCGUGGGCCUGGCCGGCUGCCCUAGUGUGUGUCAGUGCAACCCCCACGGCUCCUACGGCGGCACCUGCGACGCCGCCACGGGACAGUGCUCCUGCCGGCCCGGCGUGGGCGGCCUCCGGUGUGACCGCUGCGAGCCCAGUUUCUGGAACUUCCGGGGAAUCGUCACCGAUGGCCGGAGCGGCUGCACCCCCUGCAGCUGCGACCCGCAGGGCGCCGUGCGGGACGACUGUGAGCAGAUGACCGGGCUGUGCUCCUGUAAGCCUGGCGUGGCCGGUCCCAAGUGCGGGCAGUGUCCGGAUGGCCGCGCCCUGGGUCCCGCCGGCUGCGAAGCAGCCCCUGCGGCGGGCGGGACCUGUGCGGACAUGCGCUGUGAGUUCGGUGCGACCUGCGCGGAGGAGGCUGGCUCCGCCCACUGCGCCUGCCCUACGCUCGCCUGCCCCGAGGCCAACGCCACCAAGGUCUGCGGGUCGGACGGAAUCACCUACGGCAACGAGUGCCAGCUGAGGACCAUCGCCUGCCGCCAGGGCCUGCUCAUCUCCGUCCGGAGCCUUGGCCCGUGCCAGGAGACUCCUGGCGCCCGCCCGACACUUGCGCCGGUGACCAGCUCGGGGCUAGUCCUGAACGAGGCGCUGCCGCCGCCCCCACCCAGCGCCCUCCCCCUGGCUCCCGGCAGUACCUCCCACAGCCGGCCUACCCGUCCACCCCCGCCACGGCCUCGGACCACUGCCAGCGUCCCCAGGACCCCCGUGCGGCCCGUGCUGACCGUGCCCCCAACGGCACCCUCCCCUGCACCCAGCCUCGCCACGUCAGCCUUUGCUGAGUCCGGCAGCGCUGACGGGAGUGGAGACCAGGAGCUGAGUGGGGACCAGGAGGCCAGCGGGGGAGGCUCUGGAGGACUUGAGCCUCCUGAGGGCAGUGGCGUGGUGACCCUUGGGCCGCCCGUGGAGCGGGCUUCCUGCUAUAACUCGCCUUUGGGCUGCUGCUCGGAUGGGAAGACACCCUCGCUGGACGCGGAGGGCUCCAACUGCCCUGCCACCAAGGCGUUCCAGGGCGUGCUGGAGCUCGAGGGGGUCGAGGGCCAGGAACUGUUCUACACGCCUGAGAUGGCCGACCCCAAGUCGGAGCUGUUCGGGGAGACGGCCAGGAGCAUUGAGAGCGCGCUAGACGACCUCUUCCGGAACUCAGAUGUCAAGAAGGACUUCCGGAGUGUCCGCCUGCGCGACCUGGGGCCUGGCAGGUCGGUCCGAGCCAUCGUGGACGUGCACUUCGACCCCACCACAACCGUCCGGGCACCCGACGUGGGCCGUGCCCUGCUGCGGCAGAUCCAGGCGUCCCGGCGCCGGGCCCUGGGGGUGAGGCGCCCGCUGCAGGAGCACGUGCGGUUCAUGGACUUCGACUGGUUUCCUGCCUUCUUCACGGGAGCCACUGCCGCCGUGGCCACGGCCAGAGCCACCACUGUGGCCCGCCUGCCUUCUGCAGUGACCCCGCGGGCCCUGUACCCCAGUCACACCAGCCGGCCAGUCGGCAAAACCACCGCCCUGCCCACCACGCGCCGGCCGCCCACCACCGCCCCCAGCCGCGUGCCCGGACGCCGGCCUCUGCCCGCAGGGCCCCAGCUGUCCUCAAGGGCCUGUGACUCCCAGCCCUGCCUCCACGGGGGCACCUGCCAGGAGCAGGACUCAGGUGGGGACUUCAGCUGCAGCUGCCCAGAGGGCAGGGCCGGCACUGUCUGUGAGAAGGCGCUGCGCACCCCGGUGCCGGCCUUUGGGGGCCGCUCCUUCCUGGCCUUCCCCACUCUCCGUGCCUACCACACGCUGCGCCUGGCGCUGGAAUUCCGCGCGCUGGAGCCCCAGGGGCUGCUGCUCUAUAACGGCAAUGCGCGAGGCAAGGACUUCCUGGCACUGGUGCUGCAGGGUGGCCGCGUGCAGCUCAGGUUUGACACGGGCUCCGGGCCUGCAGUGCUGACCAGCACGGUGCCCAUAGAGCCCGGCCGCUGGCACCGCCUGGAGCUGUCGCGGCACUGGCGCCGGGGCACGCUCUCGGUGGACGGUGAGACGCCCGUUCUGGGUGAGAGCCCCAGGGGCACCGACGGCCUCAACCUGGACACAGACCUGUUCGUGGGUGGCGUCCCUGAGGACCAGGCUGCCGUGGUGCUGGAGCGGACCGCCGUGGGCACCGGCCUGAGGGGCUGCAUUCGCUUGCUGGACGUCAACAACCAGCGGCUGGAGCUGGGCGGAGCUGCGGCCCAGGGCUCCGGUGUGGGCGAGUGCGGGGAACACCCCUGCCUGCCCAACCCCUGCCGCGACGGGGCGCCGUGCCAGGCCCUGCAGGCCGGCAUGUUCCACUGCCAGUGCCCACCUGGCCGCUUCGGCCCGACCUGCGCAGAGGAGAAGAGCCCCUGUCAGCCGAACCCCUGCCACGGGGCAGCCCCCUGCCACGUGCUGCCCGAGGGCAGGGCUGCGUGCGAGUGCCCCCUGGGCCGUGGGGGUGCCCUCUGCCAGAUAGUCUCGGAGCCCGACGACGCGCGGCCCUUCCUGGCUGACUUCAGCGGCUUCUCCUACCUGGAGCUGAGCGGCCUGCACACCUUCGGGCGGGACCUAGGGGAGAAGAUGGAGCUGGAGGUGGUGUUCCUGGCCCGCGGCCCCAGCGGCUUGCUCCUCUACAACGGCCAGAAGACCGACGGCAAGGGGGACUUCGUGUCGCUGGCGCUGCAUGACCGCCGCCUGGAAUUCCGCUACGACCUGGGCAAGGGGGCCGCCAUCAUCAGGAGCAAGGAGCCGGUCGCCCUGGGCACCUGGACCCGCGUCUCGCUGGAGCGGAACGGCCGCAAGGGCUCCCUGCGUGUCGGCGACGGCCCCCGCGUGCUGGGCGAGUCCCCGAAAUCCCGCAAGGUCCCGCACACCAUCCUCAACCUGAAGGAGCCGCUCUACGUGGGGGGCGCCCCCGACUUCAGCAAGCUGGCACGCGCAGCCGCGGUGUCGUCGGGCUUUGACGGCGCCAUCCAGCUGGUCUCCCUGAGAGGCCAGCAGCUGCUGACCCAGGAGCACGUGGUGCGGGCCGUGGACGUGUCCUCCUUCACCGACCACCCUUGCACCCGGCCCUCAGGCCACCCCUGCCUCAACGGGGCUUCCUGUGUGCCCAGGGAGGCCGCCUACGUGUGCCUGUGUCCCGGGGGCUUCUCGGGGCUGCACUGCGAGAAGGGGCUGAUGGAGAAGGCAGCGGGGGACCUGGACGCGCUGGCCUUUGACGGGCAGACCUACAUCGAGUACCUCAACGCCGUGACCGAGAGCGAACUGACCAAUGAGAUCCCAGCCCCCAGAACUCCGGAUUCCGGGGCUUCGCACAGCGAGAAGGCACUGCAGAGCAACCGCUUCGAGCUGAGCCUGCGCACUGAGGCCACGCAGGGGCUGGUGCUGUGGAUCGGCAAAGCCACAGAACGAGCAGACUAUGUAGCAUUGGCCAUCGUGGACGGGCACCUGCAGCUGAGCUACGACCUGGGCUCCCAGCCCGUGGUGCUGCGGUCCUCCCUGCCCGUCAACACCAACCGCUGGCUGCGGGUCAGGGCGCACAGGGAGCAGAGGGAAGGUUCCCUGCAAGUGGGCAACGAAGCCCCCGUGACUGGCUCCUCGCCGCUGGGCGCCACGCGGCUGGACACAGACGGAACCUUGUGGCUCGGGGGCCUGCAGAAGCUGCCUGCGGGCCAGGCCCUGCCCAAGGCCUACAGCACGGGUUUCGUGGGCUGUCUGCGGGACGUGGUGGUGGGCCAGCGCCCGCUGCACCUGCUGGAAGACGCGGUCUCCAAACCAGCGCUGCGGCCCUGCCCCGCCCCGUGAGCUGGCACCUGAGCCCACUGCCCACCCUGCUGUAAUUAUUUUCUAUUUUUGUAAACUUUUUGCUUUUUGAUAUGAUUUUCUUGCCUGCUUGUGGGCCGGAGGGACUGCUGGCCCGGCCCCCUUUCCGUCCAGGCAGCCGUGCUGCAGAGACAGACCCGUGCGGAGGGACCCGCGGGUGCCGCGCCGUGGCAACGUGGCGGGCUUGGCUUGACGGCAGCCUCGGACAAGCCCCUCUGCCUCAGGGUGCCACGCCUCAUCCACGCACUGUGCCCCAACGGGUCCCCCGUGUUCCCCUCGUGUCCCCCAGCCCGUCGGUGCUCCUGGCCACCCGGCUCCAUCUGGCAGGGGCUGUGCACGCCCCAUGGGGCCUUUGUCAGUGUAAGCUGCUCCCCGCCGUGGGCUUGGCCAGCCUCACUGCGGCUGGCCCGGACCUCUCGUGCCAAUACUGUGACUUAGAAACGACAUUCCUGUUGGGGCCGCACUGCGCACACACCCUCCCCCUGGCUGUGUGCCACAGUCCCAAGGUGCUGGGGAGCAGAGGCCAGGCCCAGGCCUGUCUGGGGCCUCCUGGCCCUCAGCUGGUCCCAUCCAUCCACCCAGCUGCCCUGGACAUGCCCGUGCCCUGCCCCCACGCCCCGGGUUCCAGGAGGAGCCCCCAGAGGGCGCGGGCCGCUGUGCCAUGGCGCCGCUGCCUGCCUGCCGCACAUCCCAGCCUGACCACACCACCCACGUUCUUCAUGCAUCGAUUUCGUUUGACGCCAGAGUGGGGGCUCCCGUCCUUCCUGCAUGGCCUGGCACAGCUGGGUGCUGCCCCAGGGCACGGCCUCCCUCUGGCUGCAGCAUGGGGGGCAGCGGUUCCUGCUGAGAAGGACCAGGGCCUGGGCUGGUGUCUGGCCCAGGCACAGGUGCAAGGGCAGUAGAGACGGCUCUGAAGCCAGAAAUGCCUUAAAUUGCAGCGUCCCAUCUCGUCCCCACCCUCAGCCCCUGGCCCAGUCCUGGGAGCCAGGGGAAGCUGGCGGGGUGGCCGCCAGACCCUCAGAGGGGCGUGUGGGGGCUGCAGGGAGCCGUGUGGCGUCAUGUUACUAACUCCAGUAUGUGUGUGUCGAUCGCCGUGAAAUAAAGUCUGAAACUUUAAGAGA